GUUUACCUUUUAGCAGGUGCCAGAUGUGCCAUUGAUGAGCUAGAUGAGGCCGAUGCGACUCGCCUCAGUACUUUUGGCACACAACCACCACUGUGGUGUCCUUAAAGUUUAUUCAGCUUUGUAUUCAUUUAAGUCGCCAUGCCGCCUAUAACAGACGGAAAGGUAAUACGAUUCCAUCUCCAAGUCCUUCAUGGGAUAAAUGUAAAGGGGAGUCUGGAAAAGAAGGAGAGGUCGCUGGUGCUCGGGAGUAGGCUUUUUGGAGUUUCUCUGGAUAACGUCCCGAGGCACUGCAUCCCUGAGUUCGGUCUGGUACCCUGCUUCUUGGUAGAAGCGUGCUCGAUCCUGCGGGAGCGCGCUGGAACCGUAGGACUGUUCCGGAAACCAGGUUCGCUUACCAGGAUUAAGGCGUUAAAGGCAAAGUUAAACCGCGGCGAGGGCUGCUUGUCCACGGCCCUCCCGUACGACGUGGCCGGGCUGGUGAAGGCCUUCUGCAGGGAGCUCCCCCAGCCGCUGUUUCCCUUUGAGCUGCAGAAGGCUCUGCUGCGGGCCCAGGUCCUGCCCAGCCCGCCAGAGAGGACCUCCGCCCUGCAGCUACUGUCCUGCCUGCUGCCUGCCCACAACGCCUCCCUGCUGCACUUCCUGUUCACCUUCCUCCACCAGGUCUCCCAGAGGUGUGCAGAGAACCUGAUGACCAGCAGUAACCUGGCCAUGGUGUUCACCCCCUGUCUCCUGUUCCCGUCCGACGCCUCCAAACUGUCGGAGCGAGAGCUGGAGCUCAGCAUCGAGGUGCUGCGUGCCUUCAUCGACAGCCCUCGGAUGUUUGGUCUGAUUCCAAAGGCGGUGAUGGACAGCAGGUCUUUCAUGGUUGUCUCCCGUCGCACACGGGACGCCCCCUCCAAGAAGAAACACAAAAAAAGAUACAGCUUGCGAGAAGCGCCGCUGUCCACCAAGACGCUGGUCUGGGAUGGUGUGGACCCCACCCAGCACCCCAGGCCCUCCACCCAUCUCAGGAGGAGUCUAGGCGGGGAGUCCUUCCCCAAUGUGCUGCUCUUCAGGGCCUACACACCGCUCCCCGGUCACAUUACCACCACCGCUGAUGUCAGCAAGGACACAUGCCGGACCCCACAAGAGAGACUCAGAAGACUCUGCCGCUUCUCCAAAUUGCCCGGAGGUCCAAAUUCAAGCAACUCUCCCAUACUGACCAGUGUGGGAAAAUUAAGAUGGCAAACAGCUUGGAGAAGAUGCUCUACAGACAGAAUGGGUUCGGCGGUCCGGUUAUCCUUGAUCGGUAUCCUGGCGUACGCAUUGGUGGACAUGGCGUCAGGUCGGAGCCCCCGCAUGGCCACCCAGGUGUCCGAGGCCGAGAUCCAGCGCCUCCUCCACGGCGUGAUGGAGCAGCUUGGGAUCGCUCGCCCCAGGGUGGAGUAUCCCGCUCACCAAGCCACCAAUAUUGUUGGACCACAGAGUAUACAAGGGGGUGCGCAUGAGGGCCUGCAGCACCUCGGCCCCUAUGGGAACAUCCCGAACAUUGUGGCGGAGCUGACGGGAGACAAUGUUCCCAAGGAUUUCAGCGAGGACCACGGCUACCCCGACCCCCCGAACCCAUGUCCCAUUGGGCAGACCGCGUCAGACGGGUGCUUGGAGAAGGCCCUUGACACUGCAGAGUUCAGCAGAGAGUUCCAGAAGCACCAGCACCUGUUUGACCCCGAGCACGACUACCCUGCCCUGGCCAAAUGGAACAAGGAGCUUUUGUACCAAAAACUGAAAGGCGGGCCGAAAAAAAGAAAGAGGAGUGUUAACCCCUACUGGAUGGGCCAGAGGCUGACUAAUGUGGUCGCCAAGAAAUCGGCACCCCACUUCUCUGACGAAGAGAGGGGGGAGGCCCCGACCACUUCUGUCAGCAGCAAAACCACCGCAGCCCCCCAAACGGCCGACUAGCGGGUACGAAUGUCCAGGGGUUCAAAAGUAAAACAGUGAACUGCAGGGAAAGAAUGCGGACGAAGAAAACUAUAGAAUUAUUUGUUUACGAAGAUCAGGGUUAUUCAACAUGUCAUUGUUUGUAUAGUCAUGGUAUCUGUUUGUUUGGUACUUAUUUGGUACUUAACUUAUAGCAAAUGGCACAUAUGGCAAGUUGGAUUAUUGGUAACUAAUCCCUUCUGUAGUGAACCCAUAAGUUAGUUUCUAGGGGGGAAACGCUUCUAGCUUGAUGAAUGGUUUGGACCUUCUUAACAACCAUGGUUGCCCUAACCAAUUAAUGUUAUGCUACUUUAAACUGCCCGGUCUGGUAACUGCACCUUGCCAUAUUGCUUUGUGUUUGGGUUAAUAUGCACUUCAAAUAAAAUCGUCUACUUGCAUUUCAA